UCAAAAUGUGUUGAUGUGUUAAAGUUUAUGUGAUUUUUAGAAUGUUGUAGAAAUAAGUUUAAAGAUAUAGCACCCAGCAAAUUUAUUAAGGCUUUAAAAUGGACACUAGCAUUUCAAACGAGGCGAAAAAGUCAAAUUUGGAAGAAUUAUCUAGAGAAGAACUUUUAAAAAAGUGCAAAGGCCUGUUAACCAUAGCCCAAAAAGCUAAACAUGCCAAAGACUUAUUACAAGAAGAAAAUACUAAGUUGAAACAGGAAAUAAUUAACAAAAGUAAAAAUGACGUAUCAGAAGAACUCGUAGAAAGUUUGACCCAGCAAAAAUUGUCGUUAGUUAACACAAUCGAAGAUUUAAAAGCACGAAACAGUUCUUUAGAUAGCAAACUACAAAUUUUUGAAAAGGAGUUACAAACAUGCCAAGAAAAGUUAAAUACAGCAGACAACGAAAGUGUAUCUUAUAAGAGGCAAGUGACAAGAUUAACAGAUGAAAAUGAACAACUCAUAACACAUUUAGAUUCAUUAGAAAAACAAAUCGAAGAGCUAAACAAAAUUGGUAUUCAGCAAAGACAACAGUUGUUAGAGUUGGAAUCUAAUGCUAAGGAUAAUAAGAAUGUUAUCGACGAAAACAAGAUUACAGAAUUGCAGUGUAUGUUGAGUGUUAGUUUAGAAGAAGUGAAAAAAUUAAAGAAUGAAAAUAUUAGUUUAAAUGAAAAAGUUGAUAACUUGAAUGUCAGUCUGUCAGAAAAAAAUAAAAACAUUUUAUUAAUAAGUGAUGAACUCAAAUCAAAAUGUGAUAUUUUAAAUAAAGUAACUUUGGAAGUAAAUGAAUUGCAAAGCAUGAAAGAGGCUAGAAACGGAAUUUUAGAAGAUUAUGAGAAACUUAAAACUCAAUGUAUAGAAUUAUAUGAAACCAACAAAUUACUUCGGAAAGAAAACGGAAUUAACAAACAACUUGAGAAAAAAAUUAUGGAAUUAGAAAAACAUGGUGAUAGACUAAAAGAGAAGUUAAAAUUAUACCACUCAAAAAUUACUAAAUUUGCUGGUAGUGCAAGAGCUCUAAAAGAAGAAAAAAAUGCAAUAUUACAGCUAUUCAAACAGUAUACGGAUCAAGUGAAAGAAUGGAAAGAACAAUUGAACCAUGCAUCAAGAAAUCUGGUUUCGCAUGUAAAUGUAAUUGAGUCGGAAAACGAAAAAUUAAAACAAGACAUUAUAUACCUUAAAGAAGAAGAUAAUAAUCGUCAAUUAGAUCAAGAAACAAAUUUAAAACAUGAAUUUAAUGAAACUAUAGCAGAUUACGAAUCACGGCUGAAAACAUUAAAAGUGGAAAACGAAGCCGAAAUUAACAUUAUAAAGAACAAGUUGCAAGAUGCUACAAAAAUCAUUGACGAAUAUAAAAAUCAAAUAGAAAUUUUAAACACUGAAAAAGAAGAUAUCAAUAGAAACUUGAAUUCUCAAAGAGAUAUAAAUAAAACUCUUGCAGAAGAAUUUGCGUCAAUAAAAGGUGAAAGCGAUAAACUUAUUAUGGAGUUAAAUGAAUUUAAAAUAAAUAAUUCAAAUUUGAGUAAUCAAACGCAAAGUCUUUUGAGUUCAAAUGAAGAACUGAAACAUCAAAUAGAUCUAUUGACUAGUGAAAAGAAAAGUAUUAAUAUUAUUAUUAAAGAAAAUGAUGCAACAAAGAAAAAACAGUUAGAAGACUAUCAAAAUAAAUUAUUAGAAAGUGAAAAACACGUAAGUGACCUUCAAAUACAGUUAAGAAAAUACGAAGAUGAUGAGAAGAAACUAGCCGAAAGAUCAAGUGAAGAAAUCAUGAAACUUGUUGAAGAAAGUAGGGUAUUGACUGAGUUAAAUAUUACCUUGCAAGAAAAAGUGGACGAAUUUGAAAAGAAACGAUUAAACUUGUCUAACAGUGAAGUUCAAACCGGUGAUGAUCUGAUCCCGGCCAACGAAUUAGAUCAGGUAGCCAACUUGAAGAGAGAAAAUACAGAAUUAUUGUCCGAGAUGAACGAAAUGAACCAAGCCCUUAAAGAAAGGGGCGAAAACAUAUCAAAACUGGAAGCCCACUGUGAGGAAAUUAUGAAGAAACUACAGAUUUACGAAACUCAAGCUAACAAAAACGUGGACAGUAUUAGUGAAAAGGAGGAGAUUAUUAAAAGUUUAACAGAAGAGGUCAAUUCACUUAGAAAAAGUGUCAAUAAUUCUGGUAACGGAAAUGUUGACCCUUUGAAAGAAGAAGAAAUUAACAGACUGAAAAAUGAAAUAGAAAACCUCAAAGAAAAACUGAACUCUAAUCUUGAAACGAGUUAUGCUGAGAGUGAAACCAUGUCGACUUCUACCGUUUCUAGAACAGAAGACAUCAACAGGCUGAGAGAUUUAGAAGGCUCUUGGGAAGAACGAUAUGGAAAAUUAAGAAACUUGGCUAUAAAACUAAAAGGAAAAAUUAGGGAACUCUCAAACACACUAACGAAAGAACAGACAGAAAAAGACGACUUGCAGAAAAAGUUGGCAGCAAAUCUAAAAACCAUUCAGACAUUACAAAACCAAUCAGACAAAUUACAGGAUGACCUAGAGAACAGCAAACAAGAGUGUAAGCAAUACUUGAACCGUCUGAAUACUAUAGCAGAGGAUAUCUCCAAAGAUAAGCAAUCACUCGUAAGCAAAGACGAUAUUAUAAGCGACUUGAAGAAGGAAGUCGACACUUUAAAAACAGAGAAGCAAUCAACCGAAAACUGGAAGAAACAAGUAAGCGCAAAAGUACAAACAUUGCGCAAAGAAUUGGAGGCUAACAACUUGCUGAAAAAAGACUUUGAAAACAAAACUACUAAGCUCACCGCAGACCUAGAGGCGAAAGAACAAGCUUUGAAAGCCGAGGUGGAAAGUCACAAGCAGACAAAAAGUUUGUUAGAUGCAUCAAAUAAUGAAUGCAAGAAAAACUCUGUGCUUAGUCUGGAAAUGCAGGAUUAUGAACGCAGUGUGAAGGAAACCGCCAAGAAACUGGAAAAACAACAGGAGCAAAUAACAAAAUGGAAAGGACAAGUGGAAUCACAAAAAGGUACCAUCAAUGCCUUAAGAGAACAGAAUAAAAUGUUGGAAGAACGAGUCCAAGUGAUGGAAGAGAAUUUAAAUUCCGCCACAUCAGAAGUCAACACUUACAAGAAGAAGGUUACUCAGUUAGAAGAAGAAAUCCAACAAAAAGAAGAGAAAAUUCUGAGUAUCAACCAACAACUCGAGACUUCUCGGUCUGAAACUGAAGAACUAUCCACCGAACUUUCCAAAGUCAUAGCAGAACACCAGAAGACGAAUAAUAUCCUCAAAAAUGAAAGAGAUCUUCUACGUAGUCAAACUUUAGGCCUCCAACAGAACUUGAGGGAAGCCCAGGAUACCCUCAAGCUUAAAGAAGACGAAUUGUUGGUUAUUCGCAGCGAAUACGAAAGUUACAAAGUUAGGGCGCAAAGCGUAUUAAGGCAGAACCAAAACAGAGAUGUGGGAAUAGAAGAAAAGCUCACCGAAGAAGUGGCUAGUCUGAAGGUGCAGAACUCCCAGUUGACCAAGGAAAUAAAACUAUUGGAAGAAGCAAAUGAGAAAUUGGUCAUAGAGAAGGGGGAAAAUUUGAAGAAAAUCCAAGAAUUAGAGACAGAUAUCGAAGAGAUGAAAUCGCAGUUCGCUCAGUUGUCUGCCAAGCAUCAGACAGCUUUGAAUGAGCACACAGAGACAGUUAGGAGCCUGAAAUUACACGCAGACACUCUGUCCCAGUGCUACCGCCAGCAAAUCGCCGAGCAAGAGUCCCGCCACAACAGAGAAAUCAUAGAGUUACAGAGCCGUAUCGAAAAAUCUUCCAGCCCCGUCGAAACGCCAACGGUACUCCCCAGCACGGCUAGGGAAGAAGGAGAGGGUUCGGAGAGUAUCGAAAGCAAUAAUCCCCCCAAGAUAUACCCAGUGCCCUUGGAAAGACUGCUCGGAUCGGAUUCUGAUCAGGAGCUCGUCCAAACGAAGAAGCAGAUCGCCGAACAGGAGUCCAAACUCAUGCACUUGACGGCUCUGUUGUCCGAUACGGAGCAGGAUCUGGCGAAACACGUGCAGAUGAAUAAGUUGCUGAAGGAGGAGAUCCGCAGGCAGCAGAGGUCUGAAGAGCGGGAGAAGCAUGCCGAGAAUUUGGAAUAUCUGAAGAACGUCGUUUUCAAGUUUGUGACGUUGCACAGCGGAGACGAGAGAUCCAGAUUAGUCCCAGUUCUGAAUACGAUCUUGAAAUUAAGCCCCGAAGAAACCCAGAAGCUAAAUACCGUCGCCAGAGGUGACUCGGGCAUAAAAGGGUGGACAAACUACCUGCCAGCGUGGCCAUCUCCCAGUAAACCUUAGUAAUAACCACUAUAAUUUUAUGUAUGUAAAUAUUUAUGAUGUAAAUAUGAAAAAUAAAUAACAUUAUUAUUCUU